CACCUGUCACACCACUACCACCACUCUCCUCAACCAUACUCCACUUCUACCUCUUCCGCCUCACCCUCUCCCGCACCACCAUGUCGCUCGUCCCUCCCUCGCCCACGGCCUCGGUCCCCCCGCCGUACGCCGACACCAAGGACGCCAACGUCGUGGUGCCCCCAAGCCCGACCUUCACCACCGCGAGCGAGGAGAAGCGCGAGCUUGCCAAGACUGACGCCGACGCCGAGGCGCUUCUCGCCGACGGCGCGACCCCCGCCGAGGUGUGCGCCGCGCUCGGCCACGACACGAGCCUCCCCAAGGCGCGCAUGAUCGCCCUCGCUGCGGUUGUCCCGGGAAGCAUGCUCUACUUUGCGAAGCGCAAGACGGCCAAGUGCAACCGCUGCCAUGAGCGCGUGGAGCGUACCUCCUGCUGCCCGUGGAAGUGAGCAUGGCGACCCAGAUAGCAAGGCGACCACGACAACAAGCGCGACUGCCUCGCACCGCCGACUUCUACUCCUGUACCACACUCUCCGUCCGCCACUGAAGCUUUGCCCCUCCUCCCCGAGCACCGUCCCCGGCGCUCUCUGUUCAAUGUUAAUAGCACCCACGCCAACGGCCUUCGUCUGAAGACCCCGUACCACCAUACCAUGUCCACGUACCAACCUUGUAUAGAUGAAUUCAGUCACAUGUCG